CGAAAGCACUGGCAACAAUGUCUCUGCCUAUUCUUUUCUCUUAUUGGGAGCUUUCUCGCCCAACUAGGAGGAAGAAGAAGAAGACGACGACGACGACGACGACGACGACGACAAAAUUGCCAUGCUUUUUCUUAUGCUCUCCACAAUGGCGAAGAUUCCUCUUGCCCCAAGAACCGUUACGCUUUCACAACUUCCCUCUUCAUUCUCUUGUUUCUUCUCAGUACCUUCGUCUUUAACGAGCGUGUUCUCGAGCCUUCGCUCUCUCGCUACAGGAUUCUCACACAUUCACAAGCUUCCUCGUCCCAAUCUGACCUUCUUGAAGCCUCCAUCCACCAGGGCAGUUCAAAGUUUUCCGAGGAAGAGGAACUCGACGAUGCUAGUAUUGUUAGCUUGGCCGGCGAUUCUCGAUCUGAGGGGGACGAAGACGAUUCUAGUUCUGAGAGCACUACUGGCUAUUCUCAAUCUGCCUCUAGAGCUGAUAACCUCCCUGUCGAGGGGAUUACGGAAAAACCAGGUGCAGAUAACAAGUCUGUUGAUGAAUCUGGUGACAAUGGCGUUCAAUCCGGGAGAGGGGAAUCUAGCACUGGAGCUGAUCGCUUCGAGAGUGGCCUCCCUGUUGAAAGAAUCGCGAAAAAAUCAGUUGCAGAUGACAACUCUUUUGAUGUUUUGGGUGAUAAUGGUGUUCAAUCCGAGAGAAAGGAACCUGACAUUAAAGCUGAUAGGUCCAAUGGUAAAAUAUCCGUUAAGGAAAUUACGAAAAAACCAGUUACAGAUGACAAGCCUGCUCAUGAAUCGGAUGGUAGUGAUAUUCAGUUGUUGACGAAGAAGGUAGAAAGUUGUGAUUUGUAUACGGGAAGUUGGGUGAAAGAUGCGGCCUAUCCACUGUACGAACCGGCUUCUUGUCCUUAUGUGGACGAAGCUUUUGAUUGUCAGGCAAAUGGAAGGCGCGAUUCAGAGUAUCUCAAAUGGAGGUGGAAGCCUGAUGAUUGUGAUCUUCCAAGGUUCAAUGCCACAGAUUUCUUGGAGAGAUUAAGAGGUAAACGACUAAUGCUUGUUGGAGAUUCCAUGAACCGCAACCAGUUUGAGUCAAUGCUUUGCCUCCUCCAAGUAGGUCUGCAGGAUAAACGUAGAAUGUACGAGAUCCACGGCCACAAAAUAACAAAAGGAAGAGGCUACUUUGUGUUCAAGUUCAAAGACUAUGACUGUACGGUGGAAUUUGUGAGGUCACAUUUCCUGGUGAAAGAAGGGGUUCGCAUCAAUGCACAGGGAAACUCAAACCCUACUCUAUCAAUAGAUCAAAUUGACAAGACAAGUGGCCGAUGGAAACGAGCUGAUAUCCUUGUCUUUAAUACUGGUCAUUGGUGGGUUCAUGGAAAGACUGCUCGAGGGAUAAAUUACUAUAGAGAGGGUGAUGUGCUUUAUCCCAAGUUUGAUGCAGUUGAAGCUUACAAAAGGUCGAUAAGGACCUGGGCAAAAUGGAUUCGUGCAAAUAUAAAUCCAGCAAAGCAGCUGGUCUUUUAUCGUGGAUACUCUUCUGCCCAUUUUAGAGGUGGUGAUUGGGACUCUGGUGGUUCAUGUAAUGGGGAGACUGAACCAAUCUUGACUGAGGCAGCCAUCCUUGAAACUUAUCCUUUGAAAAUGAAGAUAGUAGAGGAAGUCAUUCGAGAAACACAAAUUCCAGCAAUACUGUUAAACGUUACUAGGUUGACCAAUUUCCGCAAGGAUGGUCACCCAUCAAUAUAUGGCAAGAAGGCAAUCAAUGGUAAAAAGGUAUCCACAAGAAGGCAGGACUGCAGUCAUUGGUGUCUUCCUGGUGUUCCAGAUGCUUGGAAUGAGCUGAUUUAUGCUACUCUAUUGUUUCAACAAACAAAGUCAAAGAUUUAACUCAUAAACAAGAGUUGGAUAAAAGAUUUCUUUGGUGCAUUCGUUUUUGGGGAUGACAAGAUAGGAUUACUCUCAGAGAAGGAUUUACUAGAGUCAAGGAAAAAGGCAGAUGGCAGGGAGAGAUUUUUUCCUGGUAAUCCAUUUGUUCAACUUUGAUUUUUUUGAAGAAUUAUUUAAAUCUUUGCAGUAGAGUGUGCUUGAAAGAAGAAGAUAUAAAUGCAUUCUCAUACAUAGAUGUUAA